CUCCAAUCUCGACGACGACACUUUCCAGUCCAGCUCCACAGGGCCGCCACGACAUGAACAGCAGCAACGGUAACGCAGCAUCGAGGAUAUCUGCAGGGCCGUCCGGUCAUGGCGGAGGAGGUGCUGCCAGCAAUCAUGCUUCUUCGUCUUCUCCCUCAUCCCAGGAUGCAUCCAACACCGCAUGGUAUCCUAGCGCAGCCCAUCCCAAUGACUUGCCAUCCAAUGUCAUCAAUGCCUACUCUGGCAGCUUCUCAGAGUACGCAGCAGCCGCUUCUGCUCAGCAACAGCAGCAACAGCAGCAGCAAAGUCAGCAGCAUCAACAAGAUCACGCUCAGCCCGCCACGAACCUUCCUCUUCUGCCCGAUUCGGACGCGUACAAUCACCAUCAGCACGACCAUCAUCAACAAUCUCACGAUGACGGCAAUCAUGAGACUCACCAGGGUCAUGAUCAGCAACACGAUCAGCAUCAAGUAGAGUACGACGAGACGGCGCUGGCAUUGCAGGAGGGCGAGGCAUCCAUGGCCGACUAUACGACGGCGGAUGCCACGACGGGCGACAUGAGCUACGCCGACGAGAGCUUGGCAGCCAGUGGCCUAGAUGACGACAAUGGGGGCGAAGGCGGCGGUGAUGGAUCAGACGGGGCGUCAGGCUCGAGACCAAAGAAGAAAGCGCGUUCUGCGGGCAGCGGACGAGUGGCAAAGGCGUGUCAGCCAUGUAGCUCCAAGAAGAGGAGGUGCGAUGGUACUAGGCCAGAGUGCCGCGUCUGUGCAGUUCUGGGCACGCCAUGCUCCUACACUACGACCGGAUUGAAGCGCGGCCCGCCAAAAGGCUUCCGAGCUGGACCAAAGGAAUCAGUAAAAGCCAAGCUCACGCGCACCCUCGAGACGACGAUUCGCGACCUCGUGAGCCAACUCGGCGGCGAAGAUGCUGCUCGCGAGAUUGCCCGUGUCAGUCGAGAGCGAGGUCUCCCUUCACUUCCCAGCGAAGUCUCGGCCACGGAUGCAGCCCUCGUCGUAGAAGCUCUUGCACAGCACAGUCAUGCCGACCUCGGCGUCACGCAACGCGCCAUCCAGAGCUCACUCGCACAACACGACGACGAUACCUUCCUCGGGGUCAAUGAGCGCGGCGACCUCAGCUGCCGUGGAAGCAGCAGUGGCAUUCAACUCCUCCGUCGCGCCAACUCGCCGCCCACCAUCAGCUCACCAGGCUCCAGCGAACGCAACAAGCGGGGCAAUGAGCCCAUGCUAGUCAAUCUGCCAACCGCUCAGCAGUCCUAUGUCAGGCCUCAGCGUAUGCAAGAGCAGCUCCUCAACCAGCUCAGCCCACAGAACCAGUUCAAAGUCCCCAGCAGCAGCACCGCCGCCCUCUUUGACGACCCCAUCGUCACACCAGAGGAGUCUCACAAGCUCUUCGACAAUUACUGGCGCAGCUGGCACCCGUACUGGCCGAUCCUUUACAAGGCUAUCCUUGAUGAAAUCCCUCCCGAAGAGAUGGCGACCCGCCUGGACGGCCUGCUCCUGAAUGCUAUUUACGCUAUUGGAUCGUCCGGGCGCGCCAACUCUGGCCAGCCUAUCGAGGGCGAAUCACCCGAAGAAGCGGCGCGUCGCUCUGGUGAAGUCUUUGCGCAAGCAGCAGAGCGUCGCCUCUUCGCCACGGGGCUCAGACCUACCGUCACAGCCAUUCAGGCAAGCUUCAUGCUCUCUCUCUUCGCCCAUGGGACGGGCGAGUUGAGCCGCGCCUGGUCCUUCUGCGGCAUUGCAAUCAACAUGGCGAUGGACCUUGGCCUGCAUCGCUGGCCCAUCCAUCGUAUGGACCUGCUCGACAACUCGGCAGAGCGCGAGACUCGCACGCGCACCAUCUGGUCGCUGUACAUCCUUGACAAGAUUCUCUGCGCCGAGAUGGGUCGCGCUCCCAUCCUGCGUGCGAGGGAGAUGGACCCGCCUCUACUUUCUGAGGACACACCAGACGAGAUGGAGUACAUGGACGGAGCGCCCAUGCGCAUCCCCUCGGUCUUCAACGCCGCAGUACACUGCUUCGCCAUCGUCGAGCGCAUCCUGAGCGAAGUCCACUCACUCCGCCGCAAGGCAGUGCUGCGCCGCGGUCAGACAACGCCAGACAUCCUCACCGAGCUGGACGGGGAGCUCGAGAAGUUCCGCAACCAGAUCCCCGAUCCCAUCAAAGUCCCUACAGAUGGGUCACGCCCUAAAGUCGGCUUCCCUGGAAUCGUCUGGGCAUUGGGCGUGUGGGAUGCGACGGCUACCAUCUUGCUCCACAGGCCCUUCAUCCCUCAGGAGACGGACGGCAACGCUCCCUCUUACGAGGAAGUGGUGGCCAACCCUUCUCACCAAAAGGCAUCACAUGCUGCGGAUCGACUUUGCGAGCUUCUGCAGCUUGACAUGGGGCAGAGGGGAGGAGACUACGAUGUUGCGCUUUGGCCAAGCGACUAUGCCUACUGCUUGUUCACGGCGGCCGUCAUGUACCUCUUCAACGCGAGGCUUGGGGUCGCUGGCGCAAGGCAAAAGUUUGCCCUCGCUCGUGAUCACCUCAAGCAGCUAGCGAGUAGGUGGCCGGCGGCGAGCGCUCACCGGCAGUUGCUGGAUGGAUUCACCGCUGUAGCGGAUGAUGCGCUUGGUAGGCCGGAGACGUCUUCAGGGGAGCCAACAGCGCUUGGUGGUGCUUAUAGCAUUGAAGAAUGGACGGCGCAGACUAUCACGGCUGCUCAGGCUCAGCAGAGUAUGCAGGCGCAGCAACAGCAACAGCAGCCGCAUCAACAGGCUCAGAUGCCGGACGAGAAUGGCAGCUCAUCAGCUCCUGCCGCUAUGGGCCCACCGAUCACUGUCCCUGGCCCAGGUUCUGACUUGUCAGAGGAGCAACGUCAACAGCUUCUCUCCUUCUAUAUGGACUCUUCUCACCCCUUCGGCCAGCAAGGCAACGACGCAUCGCAACAACGGCGUCGUCUGGACUCAUUUGCGCCGGGGUUGUUCGACGUGGAGACGGCAUUCUGGAACGAGUCUGCAGGCUCGACGAGCUCCCUCUCCAACGCUUUUGCCAAUAUGGUCGGUCAGGGUCAGCAGGCCCAGCAAGGCGGCGAAGGAGGCAGUGGGUCACAACAGCACAAUGGACUUGCCAUGCUCGCAGCCCUCGCCCCGCAUGCUGCUCCUCAGCAGCAGCAGCAGCAGCAGCAGCACCAGCAGCAGCAACAUCAGCAGCAACAGCAGGGCGACGGUGGGGAGAGCGAUCAGAAGGGCAACUUCGCUCACAAUGGCCAAGGCCCGGAAGGCCAGCAGCAGGGUCAGCAGCAGCACGGACCUCUUCAACAACAUCAGCAAGGCGCAGCUGGCCACGGAGCUCAAGCGUCCCCCUUUGCCUUCCCCCUCGACCCGUCUCAGCCGGCUUGGAAUGACCCUCUCAUGGGGGCGUUGGAGCUGGGUCCCGCUUACAAGUAAGCGGAGCAAUUAUGACGUCCUUGGUCAAGCCGUACACGAGGCCUAUUGACCUGUCUCCCUUUCUAAUUCUCUUUAAUUCUCUUAUCUCAGCUUUGACCAUGUUGUAUUCACCAAACCUUCUCAAUAUAUCAAAUCUAUGUCCUUCUCCACCC